CCUGCGGCGCCCGGCCGGCCGCGCAGAGGCCGCCAUGGGCUGUGCGCGCUGGAUCGCGCUGGGCGGUUUCCUGGCCCUGGCGGGGCUGCUACAGGCCCGGCUGCUGACCCCGCUUCAAGCAGGCUUCGGUGAGUGCGACCGGUUCUUCUAUGCGGGGACCCCGCCCGCCGGGCUGGAGACCGAGGCGCACGUGAGGAUCUGUCAGCGCUUCGCGGGUUCCGAGCGCUUUGCUACCCUAUACAGCCCCGGCCACCGCAUCCCCGUGUUUUCCGCGUUCCGAGCCGCGCGCCCCGCGCCUCUCAGUGCUGAGCAGCGCGGGCUGCUUGAGCCGCAGAUUGAUGACCCCGACAGCACCCUUGAGGAGGUAAUUGAAGAGGCUGAUGCUGUCACCGCUGUGAACAAUCUGGGAAGCAAGCAGGCCUUGAAUGCAGACUAUCUCGACUCCGACUAUGAAAUUGGACAGCUGUACCCAUUCCUCCUUAGCAGUGACCUCAAGAUGCCCACAUUCCCACUCACAAAUUCAGUUCCAAUGACCCAGUCUUUCCGGGAACGGUGGCACAUGAAUCUUGACAGCCUUAUGGACCGAGCCUUGAUCCCACACUGUGGUGAUGGCAAAGACCUGUACAUCAUCACAGGUGCUGUCCCCUCAGACUACAGAGUUAAGGGCAGAGUGACUAUCCCAGAAUUCGUCUGGCUAGCAGCCUGCUGUGACGUCCCUGGAGGAGGCUGGGCCAUGGGCUUCACCAAGCACACCCAGGCUAGUGAUAUCAUAGAAGAUAUUAUGGUGAGAGACCUUGAGAAGCUGCUUCCUCAAAAACCUCAGCUGUUCCGGGACAACUGUGGGGAGAUGGAGCAAGACACAGAGAAGAUGAAGAAGAUUCUGGAAGUGGUCAACCAAGUCCAAGAUGAGGAGCGGUCUCUGCAGUCUCAAGAGAGCACGAGUCCCCUUGCCAGUGUCCAAAGCCAGAGGUCUGCCCUGCCCUCCCCAGAAGCACCAGAGGGAGGAGGCAGCUUUCUGGGGAAAGUUCUUGGUUUCCUUUGACCCCCAUUCAUCAACUUUUCCACGUUAAUUUAUUACCUUGUGAUAACAGUCUUAAGGAAUGUACUUCAUCUCCUUUGGUUUGUGGCCAAGCAGGUGAUCAAUGGCAUUGAGAGUUGUUUGUACCGUCUGGGUGCAGCCACUGUGUCCUAUCUCGUGACCAUUGGACAAGAAUUGGUGGGCAUUCCCUGGAAAGUGCUCAAGGUCGUGGCCAAAGUCAUCAGGGCCCUUCUGCGGAUCCUCUGCUGUCUGCUGAAGACUGUCUGCCGAGCUCUGAGCAUCCCACUCCGAGUGCUUGUGGAUGUAGCCAGUUUCCCUGUGUACACCAUGGGAGCCAUUCCUGUCGUGUGCAGGGACAUUGCUGUGGGCCUGGGUGGUGUUCUCUCCCUCCUCUUUGGCACUGCUUUUGGCACCAUGGGUGGCCUGUUUCAGGUUGUUUUUAGUAUCUUCAAGCGGGUUGGCUACAAGGUUACUUUUGACAAUUCUGGGGAGUUUUAUAACUCAAACACAUCCUAGUGUCCGUUCUGGUAAAUUUCAUUGUUUUUCAAUAGGGAACUACAGUGGUCUGUUUUUACAGCAGGUUUCUGUUCUGUCAUCUAUGGUGUUGAUGUUCACCUGGGGGGAUGGGUUGUCUUUUUCUGCAAAGGAGUUUGGCACAAUUUAAACUUGAUCUAAGAGCCAUGUUCCGGGUAGGCUCGGAGUCAUGGUCCACUGCCCACUGCAGUUAUCCAUGCAAGCGUUCCCUGAACGUGUUAACUUCAGCCCUGUGCUCUGAUGCAGUUCAACACCUGGGCCGACCCAGGCUUGUUAGGAAACUAAACACAAGCGGGGAGAAUAUGGCAUUAAACGUUAUGAGCAGUGGAGAAAGACUCUUGUGCCUCCAAAUGCUCUUAGAGAUUUAAGGCAAAUGAUCCAAACACUGUUGUCCAGUCUCUUUGCAUCUCCUUCUAUUCCUCCCCGACCCAACCAACCCUGGCGCUGUGCCAGUGAGUGCUCCGCUGAAACUCCUCCCUACAGUCGCAACCUCUGCUGCGAGUUUGACCUUUACUUGACCUCGAGGGCUUGUUUGAUUUUCAUUUCCUCCCAGAGUUGAGUUCUGCUAAAUCACAAUUCUUAUGCCAAAUGUGGCAUAAUAAAAUUUGAAUACAACCCUGAUUAGGCUAAGUCAGGUCUCUCCAGGUGUAGAAUGGAAAGGAGACGGCAGUAAGUAGGCGCUGUAUCUGCGGGCUUCUUCAGGAGGCUUCAUCGACUUAUAUUAAAUAUCUGGUUGACAAUGUUAAACACAAAGAUUUGCAUGUUAAUCUAAUACUAUGAAACU